AUGACAGAAGGAAGCGUUGUUGCUAAGAGUGUGGCGGAGUACAGCUAUCCCAACAACGAAACUCAAAUCCAGUUUGUCAACACUCAGCUUGAUAGGGUGUUGACUGAUAUCUUAAAUGAUACAAAUAACCUCAAAAAUAUUUCUCAGGCCUUUAAUAGCAGCGGUGCAGUGUUAAAUGGAAUCUCUUUCCACCAGCCUACAAUUACCAAUAUUACAGACCUGAAGCCAUUUAUUAACUGCUCUCAGCUUGCUAACUACACUGCUGAGAUUGAUAAUGGUCAAUGGCAGUGUGUUGGACCUUGCAAAACAAAUCCUGAUUACUGUCAUCAACAUGGCAUAUGUCAUAACGACAUUCACAAAGGGCCUACCUGUAGCUGCUUUGAGUCUAGCCUGGAGCAGUUUUAUGGUCCACAGUGUGACCUCUUCCGUCGCGGUCCAGGUUUCUAUGGAGCACUAUUUGGCUCAUUGGCAGCAGCACUCCUGAUCUUGAUUAUCAUUGUCAUUGCUGUCAUUGUCAUAAAGAAAUAUAAGGGAGUUUGGAUCAACUCCUAUGACAGAAGACUGUCUGCUUUCGAGGAAGAUUUCUUUGAUUUCUCUGAUACAGGCCACAACAAGACGUCCAGAGGUUCUGAACAACAACCCCAGAUGAAGGCUACAGUUUGA